UUAUGUUCUACGUUUAGCAUGUCAGCAAUGCAGCCUACAAGUAGACGGUCGAUCCAUUUUACAUAGUUAUCGUUAAUACCAUUACCAGAUGUCAUCAGUUUUUUUCCAUACAGUAAUGAAUUUCGUUAUAAUAUUGUUUAAUAGCUUACUAGAAUACUUUUCCUAGCAGACUGGUGUCGUUUUUCCGUUGUAUCCGUAGAUUAACAAGCUUAUAAUUGGACUCGGUUCGCACUGUAAUUUCCCAUUAUAAAUCUUUGUACAUCGUGUAAGACCUUGGAAGGUGGAUAUGGACAUCACCUUUCUGGCCGACAUCAACCCAACAGAAAGGUUUAACAAUGGUGAUUUCUUCCUCGAUUUACCAGGAGAGAUACUGCAUCUUUUGCUCUGCAGUUAUGUUGGCCCACAAGCCUGCACGAAUCUCAGCGCCUGUAGUUCAUCGCUGAGUAUGCUGUGCAGCGAUGAUAAGUUCUGGAGGGAUUUCUGCUGUAAAGAGCUGCAUGUCAAACCCAAACAAUUGGGCGUUUCUUCGUAUUCCGUUGUGCAAGGACAAGCGUCCGAUGAUGAUGUGCUUGUGGGCUCGCAUCGACUAGCAGCAGCCUCAGCAAUCCCCUUCCGAUCGCUGUACUCCCAACUAGUGCAUCCCUUUCGCGGACUGUUCGGGAAACUACUGGUGUCUUUCACAUCCGUGUACGGUGAUAUCUUAACCUUGACGCAUGCGAAUGGCUUAAUCACGGGUGAAGUAUGGAUGCUGCCGAAAACGAUUACGGAUCGCAUGAAACCGGUGGUGGAUUUUGUGAUUUGUUUGGAUGGCGAAGGCCGACCGAUGGUCAUUCAUCAGUUCUGCAUGGACGGAUCUAGUAAAGUGGUCUUGACUGGAAAUCCCCUGCAGAAGUAUGUUUAUCGGUCCAAUUCCACUUUCACGUUUGGUUUCCGGCGGCGUUCCGAUACCUCUGGGACCUGGAAUAGACUUAUCCACCGGAUACGGAAGGAUGGAAUCUCAUAUCCAAACGCCAGCAAUAACGAGGACGCACCACUGCGGUUGCAUCGUUUAGCGCUGGAUAAGUUCGCGGAUUUCCUGUUAAGCGUUCAGGCAGUUAAUGCAUGUUGCCGAUAUGAAUAUCAUAUUCAGAAUAAUCCUCCACGGCAGAUCUUUUCUUCGGGGAUUGAAUUGCCUUUGGGAUUUUUUAAAGGAACUUACGGGGCACAUGGCAUUGAAUUAAUUAAGAUGGAGUACGCUGAAGACACAAGAAAUUUGCGCGGAAUCAAGAUUACCGGCGAUCCUAAUGUGCCAGCUGGCAAAAUAAGUUUUGAAUUUCCCAUCGAUCAUGCCGUGAUUUUGCCACUGGAGGGCCAACACGAUGUGGAUUUCUUGGAGUUACUACAUCAGACCGGACCAUUCCAUGCCGUUGACCGCCUUACGGUUGGCAAGCAGGAUUUUCGAUUUCCGAUGGGCGUUAGUUUACGAGAAGCCUCUCAUGUUAAUUUGGUUGGAGAUUCCUGCAUCUUCCGAUUAGUCGGUCAUGGCACGAUCGCUGAACAUGGUUUCAUAAAUCCCACAAGUAUAAUUGCUCAUAUUGCUGUUUUGAGCCCGGAAAAAUUUGUUGUCUUCUGGUUGGGUGGCUAUAAUUUUGCUUCUCUGUUUGUAAAAGUUUCCCUUGAUGAUCGCUUCUGCGAAUAUAUCUGAGUUUUUGAUAAUUAUUUCUCCCGUCUACAUAUUAAACCCUGAAAUUUGUCUCGUCUGCGCUAAUUUUUUUACGUUGCACGGACAGCAAAGUAUGCGACC